CACGGCUACAUCUGUUUCUUACGAUGCUUGGACUCUACUUGUAAAAUUUUAACAGAACAGGUCUAUUUCAACCAUUUUUUUCUUAUUGAGAAGUCAAGUAGUAGCCUACAAAAGUCGUUCGCCCUGAACACCAAGUGUUUCUCGAGAUGAGUCUUAUGAAAACGUACUCAGACGGGAUGCUGAAGCAGUGUCCCCCUUCACAUCCUGUAUUCAUCAAUGACCGGGAUCUCACAGAAAUCCAGCUGCACUCAGUCGAAUCUAUCAAUGACAUCCACAAAAACCAAACGGAACAAUCUCGAAGAGUAUCAUUCAGCAGAACACCCCUGCCGUCUUUCCCUCCACCGUCCAAUGGGAACAUGCCGACUCCAGUGCUCAAACCUGCGGCGCGUCACUCCAAACCACCGCCCAUUGACUUGCCCAAGAUUCCGCUGCCACGCAUUCUCAUAUUCGCCUGCCUCGCCCUCCUCUUCGUCACCCUCGGAGUCAUCCUGUUUGUCGUAGUGAAGCAGGCCAUCACGGUGAGCUACCUGUCUGAGGUGUUGCUGCAGCAUCAGGGCCACCUGCAGGACGUGUCAGACCUCAAGAACAAGCUGCAGCUGCUGCAGAGGAACCUCAGCAGCACCACGCCACACUGACGCCAUGGCAACGCACCAUGGCAGUCUCCUCCCCAACCACACGGUGGCCUACUAACCACUAGACAAGUCACUGGACUCUUGUCUCCUUCACAAUACACCCAUAAGACUGUUGAGUUACUUUCCCAAGGUGCUUACUAUGAAAAACGAUUAUUGAAUAUAUGGGGUUGCACACGAAUGAAUAAUUAGACUACCUCUAGCAGUGAAUUGAAUUGCCUUUGUGAACUUAUCCAGUCUCUGAAUUGUUGUCAGUUGUGGAAUUUGUCAGUACAUAGAGUUGCUGGGGUCAGUGUAGUGGUUGCUAUGUGUUGUGCCUCUGUGUGUGGCCAUUUCGAGACUAUAUCAACAGGUAGGCUACCAAGAGGGGAUGAUGUUAGUAAGACACAACUAGUGUGUUUCUCAAUAUGAUGCUGUACAUUCUCAUCACUACAUUGGGGGUAAUGAUGAGGGGAAAUAUUUAAGACUGUCGAGAAUUACAUCUACUGGUAGAGUUGUAGGCUGUGAGAUUCUGACUGAAGUUUACAAUUGUCUGAGUCAAUUGUCUUUUGUGACUGCCUGCUAUAGGACCAUGCUCUUCUAAGGCGCUCGCACACUUCCCUUCCGUUAAUGGCAGCUUGCUCAUUUGCCAAAAGUUAGUUAAAUGUAGACAACCAGUCUGUAUUUGCUUGCUUUUGUUUCCUGGUUUUUGUUUGAAAUGUCUCAAAUGUUUGUGGUGUAUGGGUAGUGUGAGGUAGGCUGAUAGGUUGGUUUAGGGAAUAUUGUAAAAUGCUACCAGCAAAGUGAUAGUAUUGAAAACCUGGCUGUGAAAUGUAUGCCAAAAAUCUCUAUCAGAGUUCAGCAUUUGAUUUUUGAAUGAUGACACAUUAGCUCAACUUUUAGAAGAACACUGUCAUACUUUUACUGUCAUAUUUCAGAUAGCUGUGUUUUCUUUAUACUUUGUAAUUGUUCAUGUACUUGUCCAUGUAUUUUUAUGUUACACUGUAAAUAUGUAAAUAUGUAAAUUGUAUUAGUUUGUUAUUACCAAUUAAUAGUUUUCACAAUUAGCUUGGUCAAAGUUUUCACUCUCCCAAGCACUUUGGUCAAUCCAGGGGUCAGUUGAAGAAAUGCUUUCUAAAUUAACAGAUUAUGACGAAAUGGAAACUCAAUUUUCUAUCACAAGAAAUUGUGAUAGGUAAGCAUUUGGACAUCUAGCCUACAUACAGUACAUAGAGUGUUUGUUACUAACAAGCAAAGUUAAUUAGUAAUCAAUCAGCAAUGUCAACUUCCCUCCAUCAAUUAUUCAAUAAUCUUAUUUCAACACUUCAUAGAGGUUUUCAGCAUGGAGUCAGUCUACAGCCAGGUUUUUGAUUAUACCCCCUAUGGUGCCAACUUUAGCAUGGUGAUAUUUGUUGUUGUUGUUUGAAAGGAGCAGUGUGGAAGCACCUUCAGAGCUACUGUACCAAAGCAUUCAUGUUGUACAGUCAUAUACAGUGUCCCUUUGAUAAUAAAUUCAUGUCAA